AUAUAUGUAUGAUGAGAUUCCAUUAUUCCUUAUGUUCCUGAGCGCCAAAGGCCCAAAGUAAAAGAAAAUAAUUCAGAAAACAAAAGUAAAGGAAAACGAGAAACUGUGAUGUGAUCCACAGCAACAGCACCCUCUCUGAGUUGUCUUCAUCCAACACCACACUUUUUCCCAUGGACCCAUCAACUGAUUGGAUCAUCUUUUGAUGCUUUUCCGAUGGUACAAGGAGUGGAUGGUUUAGCAGGACUGGUAGUUGGUCAUACAAUCGGGAGGUAUCAGAGGGGUGGAUCAUGGAUGGGGAUGCGGGGGUGUAUGGAGAGUGAUGGAGCUUAGGAGCAGGAUGGGUGGUUUCUGAAAAGAAAUGAGGCAGGGGUUAGUUGGCACUGAGAAAAAUAUUGAGUGUAGAGCAGCAAAGAGAGGAGUGUUAGGGAUAGUUGGCAAAUGUGUCAGUAAAAAAAGAUGUGAAACAAGGGAGCAAGCAAGCAAGGAAAAAGAAAGCAAAGCUUGGGGUUGAAGAGAAGAACCUCUUCAAUCAAUCUCCUCUGAGGUAAAAGUAUAUAAUACUCAAAAGAAAAGAAAUUGACAAGGAGUAAAGUGGGGAAGGGGGAAAAGGGAGAUUAGGUUGUGAAAUAAUUUAGCAGCAAGAGCAGUUGGGGCAGCAGUUAGUCUGUCUUUUAAAAUCAUACAUGUCACCUGUUAACUUGGGCAGGUAAGCAAAGGGCUCUCUCUCUAUCUCUCUCUUUUCUCUUUCUCUUUCUCUUUCUCUUUUUCUUUCACCUCUAUAUAUGUGAUUUCUCUCUCCAGCCUCUAGCCUCUAGCCUCCUAGGUCUCCGCAUUGUUUGUGAUCUAUUAAAGUUGGAAUUUGAUGCUUCCUUUGUUGUUUCUUCAAGUACGCAGUUGUUGAAUUUGGUUUUUUCAUUGUGGAAUUUAAGCAAGCAUUUGAUGCUUUCAGAGUUACCAUCCAAUUUCCAUUUUAGGCCACUGUCCUGAAGCCCUGCAAAUUUCCAUUCUUGUGUAAUUCAAGUAAAAUUCGGUGCUUUUUUGGUCUUUUUCUUUAUUUUUUGGUGCCCAUCUGAGAAUAUCUCUAAAGGGUUUCUGCAGCUGUCCUUUUAUGGGUUCGUAGGAGUUGAUGGUGUUGAUUCAAAACUUUUUCAACUUUCAAAUUUUGGCUGUUGCAAUUUUCCUCAAUACGGCUUCUCUCAACUCCAUUUUCAUUUUAUUUAAUCGCUUGAAGCUUAUUGUGAUCCCCUUCAUUGAGUCUGAGAUCACGAGAUUCGGGCCUACUUAUCUCAAGUCUGUUUAAUUUAGAUUAGGAGGAUGUGAAAUUUUUAUUCUUGUGCAAACAAAAGAGAAAAAGGGAAUCUGCUUUCUUUUUGCGGGUCUAGUGAGCUGUUUCUUGGUUAAUGCCAUUGUUUAUCCACUUUAUGCUCUGAAAGGUGCACUUUCUUGUUCCUGUCGAACCAUUUUUCUUAGAGUAGACUUGAUCCUAGCGGCUGUGUUUUUGAAAGAAGAGGUAAAUAGCUGGAGUUUUGUAGAUUUUAUGCCUGAACAUUGGAUUUCUCCUUUACCUCUGUCUAUAUGAGAUGCUGCAAUAAGAGGUUUCUUUUGCUUUAACACCUCCUCAGUUCUAUAAAGCUGCCAAGGUUACUUGUUCCUUGUCGAGUCCUGCAAGAUAUUACCAGCUGUAUUUGGUCAAACCCACUUUCCCUUUAGUUAUAUAGUUUAGUAUCCAUCCAGUCCUAGUUUAGGGUAACAGUGGAAUUGAGUUUUUUCUUUUUUAGUUUCCUGCUACUCUAGGUAGAUUUCUACAAGUUCCGGGGUUUUUCUUUUUCUCCUUUUUUUUCCUUUUCCUCGAGUCUGUUGCCUUAAGAAUAAGAUGGGUAUUGAUGACAAUGGUAAUAUGGGGUUUCCAAAUACAAGUCAGAGUAUUUUGAAUUGCCCAUCUUCAGGGAUGAACACACAUCCAAUCUCUGAGAAGGUUACAGGAAUGACAAUGAGCUCGGCGUCCAUGUAUAAAUCUUCAAAUGGAGGAGACCCUUUCUUUGGUUCUGGUUGGGAUCCCAUUGUGUCCUUAAGUCAGAAUGAGAAUUUUGGAGGGUCUUCAAUGGUUUCUCACAGUGAGUUUGCUAAUUCUGCUUACCCUGUUGUACUGGAAAAUCAGGGAAUUGGUAGCACCCCCCACCUUGUUCUCUACCCAUCUAAUUCAAGUCUAGUAGAGAUGGUGCCGAAGCUUCCAUGCUUUGGCAGUGGGAGUUUCUCCGAAAUGGUUGCUUCGUUUGGCCUACCUGAGUGUGGCCAGACUGCUAAUUCUGGGUGCCCUCCAAAUUUUCCCCCAAACAAGGAGGGUCUCACUGAGAAAAGCUUAAAUGGUGCACAAUCUCAAGAGGGCCACCAAAUUUCAGAAGGCGAUGCCGUGGAUGCUUCACCUAGUGGAAAGAGAAGAAAAAGUUCCUUUGAUCCUCGUCCUCCAUUGAAUACCAGCAAGAGUGCUGAUGGAGAACAACCAAAGGGUCUCCCUUGGGAAAAUUCUGAGUUUUCAAAAGAACAAGAAGAGAAGAAACUAAAGAUUGAUCAAAACAUGAGUCCAAAUUUACGUGGUAAGCAACCAAAUAAACAUGCUAAAGACAAUUCUAGCAAUGGAGAAGCUCCUAAAGAAAAUUACAUUCACGUGAGGGCCAGAAGGGGCCAGGCGACUAAUAGUCACAGCCUUGCUGAAAGGGUCAGAAGAGAAAAGAUCAGUGAGCGUAUGAGACUGCUUCAAGAACUUGUUCCAGGAUGUAAUAAGAUUACUGGGAAGGCAGUAAUGCUUGAUGAGAUUAUCAAUUAUGUACAGUCACUGCAACAACAGGUUGAGUUUCUGUCAAUGAAACUUGCCACUGUCAAUCCAGAACUGAACAUUGAUAUAGAACGACUUCUAUCGAAAGAUAUUCUUAAUUCACGGGGUGGCAGUACAUCUGUUCUUGGGUUUGGUCCAGGAAUGAGCUCUUCUCAUCCUUACCCGCAUGGAAUUUCCCAGGGAACCUUGCCAGGUAUCCCGACUCCACAAUUUCAUUCCACUCAGGCUGUAUGGGAUGGUGAACUCCAAAGUCUUCUCCAAAUGGGAUUUGAUUCUAACCCAUCUAGCAACAAUCUGGGAACAAAUGCAGGCCGCUCAAAACUGGAGCUAUAGAAUUUUGGGGAGAGAGAAAGCUGUUUCUUCCUGACAAAGAAUUCAAUUAUCCUUAAGUUGACUGAACAUUUAACUCAACUAGGAAAAGAAUAGGGGAAAAAAAAGAGGAAAUUCUUCAAAGUUGUAUAGGUUCUCAACUCCUAACUGUUUGUUCUUCGAAUUUUAGCAGAAGAAGAUGACUUCUUAGAUUUACAGACCGUGUAUAUUCGAAAAGCAAAAGUGAGACUUUUGAGUGGUGAAGAUGAUUGUUUUCAUUGGUGUUGUAGAUUAGAGGAAGUGGGUUUGAAGCUUUGUGAGGGUUUUGGGGAAACUGUUAAAGAGAGACAAGUAUAUUGUAGAGUGCAUAAAGUUCAGAAAAUAGAUGGGGUGAGAAAUCGUUUUGUUUACAUGGCAUUCCUUCAAAUACAAGGCUCCAUUCUAUUACCAAUAAAUUGGCAUAUGGGUUUCUCCCUUUCUCCA